AUGAAGACGAAUAUCUUGUUCCCUUCAGCACUUUGCUCAUUGGCUCUCAUCUCCGGCGUCAGCGCUUGGGGUGACCUUGGGCAUGAAACUAUUGCUUAUAUCGCGCAGAAUUUUGUUUCAUCCUCCACCAAGUCAUUCUGUCAGGGCAUCCUUUCAGACACGUCGACGAGCUAUCUUGCCAACGUUGCAACCUGGGCGGACACGUUCAAAUACACAUCGGCAGGCGAAUAUUCUCAGCCCUUCCAUUUUAUCGAUGCGCAAGACAACCCUCCUAGCAGCUGCGGUGUCAACUAUGACAGGGAUUGUGGUGCGGGGGGCUGCGUUGUCCUGGCUAUUAGCAACUAUACCCAGAGGCUCGGUGAUGGCAGAUUAAGUCAGGCUCACCUCGAUGAGGCAUUGAAAUACCUUGUUCAUUUCCUCGGCGAUAUCCAUCAGCCUCUGCACGAUGAGAACCUCGAUUAUGGAGGAAAUGACAUUGAUGUGACCUUUGCUGGCACCACGACGAAUCUUCAUCACAUUUGGGACACCAACAUGCCGGAAAAGUACGCAGGAGGCUAUUCGCUCAGCGACGCCCAAACCUGGGCGACCUCGCUAACAACGUCAAUCAAAUCGGGGACUUAUGCAUCUCAAAGAGAAUCCUGGCUUAACGGCAUGGAUAUCUCGGACGCAAUUACCAGCAGCAUGCUCUGGGCUACAGAUGCAAACGCAUACGUCUGCUCGACUGUGAUGCCGAACGGUGUCUCCGCUGUCGAAGAUACUGAUCUCUCAGGCUCGUACUAUGAAGAUGCACUCCCAGUUAUUGAGCUGCUUUUCGCCCAGGCGGGAUACCGACUAGCUGCCUGGCUCAACCUGAUUGUCACGGGUUCGACCGGACUGUAA